AUGUCUUUGAUAUACAAUCUCAUUUGGACAGGUUCUGCUUUCAGGCUUGUUUGCUAUUUUACCAACUGGUCUCAGUACAGGCAAGAUAGAGGAAAAUUUUUGCCUAAAGACAUCGAUCCCAAACUGUGCACUCAUCUCAUUUACGCAUUUGCGGGAAUGAAAGACAAUAAGAUCACAACGAUAGAGUGGAAUGACGAACAGCUCUACAAGGAUUUCAAUAACCACAAAAAAACGAAUCCAGGAUUGAAUACACUUUUAGCUAUUGGUGGAUGGAAUUUUGGUAGUACAAAAUUCUCUGCAAUGGUAGCUACUGCUUCCAACCGCCAGGUAUUUAUUUCUUCUGUGGUUUCAUUGCUCCGAAAACAUGACUUUGAUGGCUUAGACCUAGAUUGGAAAUAUCCUGGUGCCAGAGGCAGCCCUGCAGUGGAUAAACAACGUUUCACCCUCUUAGUUCAGGAAAUGAUGAAAGAAUUUACAGCAGAAGCCCAGAGGACAGGAAAGAAAAGACUCUUGCUUAGUGCUGCUGUUGCUCCUUUGAAGCAGACUAUUGACAAUGCUUAUGAAGUGGACAAGAUUUCAGCAUCUUUGGACUUUAUCAACCUCAUGUCAUAUGAUUUUCAGGAAGCCUCAGUCACAGGGCACGUCAGCCCCCUUUUCACUGACACUGACAAUGCUGUGCAGUACUGGAAGACCAAGGGAGCGCCACCUAAAAAGAUCAUUCUGGGAAUUCCUGCCUAUGGACGAACCUUCACCCUUUCUACUUCACAGAAUGGAGUGAAGGCACCAACUUCAGGGCCUGGCACACCUGGUGUUUACACAAAAGAAAGAGGAUUUUUGUCUUAUUAUGAGAUCUGUGACUUUAAAAAUGGUGCUACCACAAAAGUGAUUGAAAGUCAGAAAGUUCCAUAUUCCUUCAAAGGAAACCAAUGGGUAGGAUACGAUGAUGUCAGGAGCAUUACCAAAAAGGUCCAGUAUUUGAAAAAACAAAACCUCGGUGGUGGUAUGGUGUGGGCCUUAGACCUAGAUGACUUCAGUGGCUCCUUUUGCAAAGAAGGAAGAUACCCACUUAUUCAAACUCUGAAAAAGCAGAUGAGUUCCACAAAUUAAUUGGGAUCUUUGUCCCCACUGGGAAUAAUCAGCACAAAAGGCAACAACAAUAUAUUGAUUGCAAGAUCUGUCGAGGGAUUAUUCAUUUUAAGAACAACAGAGCAACAAAAUAACAGAGUUGAAAGAGACCUUAGAGGCCUUCCAAUAUUUGUCAGUCAGCAUGAACAAGCAAUUAAAGGUUGCCAGCUGUACAACCUAUACUGUAUAGAAAAGAUUCUACAGCAAAAUUUGACAUUAGAGAAUCCUAUUUCAUUUCAAAGGAAUACCGAUAGCUAGGAGGAAUAAUAUGACAUAUUAGGGUUUUACGAUGUCCUCAGAUUUUAUUUUUAUUUUUGAUAAAUAUAGUAUACUUUGAGGGAACAUAAAUAUUUCUAAAAUGCCACUUAAACAAUACUAAUAUUUUGUAAAAUAUUUUAUCCCCCCCCCUUUUAUUUUAUUGCUGCCUUGGUAGCAAAUCAGAUUUAACCACAUGGAAUUGUCACUGAGAACCAAUAUACUGAACCAGUUUCAUAGAAGCGUUUCUUGAAUAGGCAGAUAUUUUCUUUUACAUUUACAAUGAUUUCUCUCCCCCCAAAAUAUCCAAAGUGCUGAAAAAAAAUUCCCCUUGUCUUACUUUACAUCCAAUCAGGUACAUUAUGCCCCUAAUCCAUCUGUUGAGUUUAAUCAUUAAAAAUAUGUUUAGAACAACUGUUAAAUGUCAUUUGCCCA